GCUUUAAAGGGUGCUGAAUGAGCGAACCCCUAGAAGCACAGCAGAGACUCUGAGGAGUCUGCAUCUGUGCUGUGGGACCUGAAAAAGGAAGCAGAAAACAAAUUUAAUUAUCCACAUCAUGGCGAGGUGCCGCCACCACUCAGGAUAUCUGGCUGACGACGAGGCUGCUCACAGCACCUAUGUGGCUCCGCUGCCCAAGAAGCAUCUGUUGCCAGAAGUGAGGCCAACCUGCAAGCUUGGGCGUGUACCACACCUACCGUCAAUGAACCAAUACUCAGAGCACCAAGGCCACCAGCAAAACCUUAGGCACCCUCUGGCAUUUGGUGGCUUCCUGGAUUUCCUCACUGAGGGUCAGGUACUGGACAGCUUGCAGACAGUUGUGGAGCAGGCAACAGAACGUUUGGCUGCCAUGAAGACAGAGGCUGGCGUGCCACUGGUGGAUAUUCAAGACCCCGUGAAGGUGCCAAGUAGUAGGCAUCGGUCUCGAGCCAGACCCAGCAUCGACACUGUGCACCGGCACCGUACUCGGCCCACCCUGUGUGCUGGACGCCCAAACAAUUACCCAUCUUGCUCCAGUUCCAUGUCUGAUUCCCAUAGCAGCAUCACAGCUGGAUGGCUGGGGUCCCACAGCCAAGACAGUGACCUGGGUGCCAGAGGCAUAGGCUCACUGCCACCAAUGAGGGACAAACUCCUGCUUGAGAAAAACCUCAAGAGGCUACUCCGCCUGGAAAACAAAGGGAAAGUCCUGAAUCAAUCCUGCUCCCAGAGGGAUUCCCUGCUGUGGGACUCACUGGGCAGCCAAACCAGCAGUCAGUGGACCCGGGAGCAGCCCCUGUCUUGGUUCUCUGGGCUAUUGGGCUCCAGUUCAAUCACCCCUGAAACUUCAGAUUUGGGACUUGGAGAACAGGAGAUGAUUUUCCUCAAACAAAAGUUAAACAAGGAGAUGAAGUCACUGCUGAACCAGCCAAGACCCUUCAACCUGCCUACCUAUUGUCCACUCAGGGAACCCCAUCAUACCCUGGACUUCCUGGCUGAGCAUCGUCUCUUUCCUGCCCUGCAGCGUGUAGUCAGCCAGGCUGUAGACAAGCUCAGCCAUGCCUGCCGCCACAAUGGCUUCCCCCUCUUCCCAGUUACCUCAGAGACCACUCCAGAUCUGCCUGGAAACUCCGAUCUUCUGCAGCCCAGCUCUAAGGCUUCCAUACCCACCAACAGGGAGGCUAGGGGAGAGCCUUGUGAUUCUCCCACCACAGCCUACAGCCCUAAGACAUCUCACAGAAAAAGCAAGGGCAGAAGGGGCUCCCCACCUAAUGCAGUCCAGAUGGCUACCAGAUUCAGGCUCAAGAGCCCCAACACCAAGUUUUCGAAGAAGAAGCCUCUGCCCUCCAUCUCAUCUGUUUCCAGCUUGUCCUACAUCUCUAACCCCUGGUUUGAGGAACUCACUAGCUUCUUGGUUGAGCAGGCAGUCUCCUUGCUUAUCUGCAAAUACAAGUUUGAGGAAAGCCUCAAUAAGCAACUUGGCUUCAUCUCUUUUCCUAUCACUGAGGUUCUCAUGGACAUCUUUCUGGGCUUCAAGAAGGUGAAGGGUGCCCACAUCCGCCUGUCCUCAGACAUCAACUGGACCUGUCUUCUUCGUAAAUUGGAAGAAGCUGAGUUGUCACAGCAGGCCCUAAAACAUGCCUCCAGGUCAGGAACCUCUCCACAUAGUGUCUCCCGUAUUGGCACCACCCAGCAUAGCACAGAACCCUCCUCCAUGCAACCGGAGCUUACUGGUGACACAGACCAGGACCAAUCUCCAGAGUCCUACCUCUCCCUCCACCCUGAGUUGCCAAUCUACCAGCUGCUCAACUCUCAGGAUCCUGGAACAGGUCAGGAACAGACAGCGAACACAAACCUGUCAGAGGCCAAGCACUCUAUAAUCUCCAAUGUUAGUGUGGGCUCUAGAUCUUCCAAGACCAAGAAAGUGUUGAACACUGAAGAGGGUGAGGACGGUGAGGAGGAGGAGGAGGAAGAGGAAGAGGAAGAAGAGGAAGAUGAGGAGGAGGAAGAUGAGGAAGAUGAGGAAGAAGAGGAAGACAGAGGAAGUAAGGAGGAUGACACCAAAGAUUUUUUUGAGGGUGAACACACACCUCCUAGUCCGCCUUUGCAUGAGUUGGAGAACUUUAUGAAUAUAACCACUGUAAUGAGCCCCAAUAACUCCCCAUGAGACCUCUGUGAGCCACAUAGAGUACUCCAGUCCUAUCCGAGUAGCUGGCCACCCAGCCAGUCCCUGUCCUGAGUGGAGGUCAGGAUGACUGGGUGCUCAGGAGGAGCUCUGCUAGUAUUAUCAAGGGAGCCAAAGAGCCAAAUGGAAAUAAAUGAC